AGAAAUAUGGAUGAAAAUGGUGGAACCAAUUUUGCGACGCUCUCUCUCUCUCUCUCUCGGAUUUUCGACGUUUCUCCCUGCGUUUUUCGUUCUUUCCGGUGCUGUUGCCAAAGUGGGGGAGUCGGGAGACUAUGGAAGAGAUAGAGGCACAAGCGACGUCGUCACAAGCGGAGGGGCUGCUGAAGAUCGCCCCACCGAGGUUGGAAGACGCGGGCUUGGAGGACUGCGCCCUUCCCCCCGACGCCAUCAAGUUGGCCUUCCUCAAGGCGGCCGACGCCAUCGGAUCCGUCCUCCCCGGCCGCCUCCGCCAUCGUGAGGAUGACGAUGGCUACUCUGGAAAGAGAUGCGUGGACAAUCCGCCGCCUACCGACGGAGGCCUGCCGGAUUAUCUGCUAGGUGCCCCAUCCGCAGAUGAGGAACGCCAUCGCGGCCCUUGCUCUGGCAAGGACAUCAUCCCGGCGGCUAUCGGCGAUGAUGUGGUCGUUGGCCGUGGAAAGGGUUGGGAAGGGUCCGGCGACCGGGUGCUGGGACUCAACGUGCGGAGCUCGGAAGAUGACGGGCCGGCUUGCGUCGAUGGAUUGGAAGGGUUAGACGAGGUGCAGCAGCAGGAAGAUCAGCAGAGAGAGAAGAGAGAUGAAAGGCCCAUCUUGGAUGAAGCCUAUAUUUGAGCGACGGCGACCCUUUGCGUUGCUCCCCUCGCUGUUGGUAUACGCAACCUUUUCCACUUCUUAUUCUCAGUUUUUCUUCUCGUUUGUGUGAAACAUGAAGGACGAGCUUGAUCGAGUUGCCUUCUUGAAUGGGUUCCUGGCUCUUCUACUUUCCUUUGUGGAGAAAAGGGAAGGUAAGAAGUUGUUGUUCAUGUUUGAGCAUCUCACUUAGUAAAAGGAAAGAUUUUCAGCUGAAAAAUUUCUAUCUUGCUUGAUGUUAUUGGUUGCGAUUCCGAAAUCCAUCUUUUCGUAGAUUUUCUUGCACGAACGUGAGGAGCGGGAAAGAUUGAGCACAUGAAUGUACAAGGCACAGUUCUCAGAUCAAUUCUCAUAUCAAACAAACAUGACUAUGAUGCGGCAUCCUCCGUUAAAUCUCCUCUAGUUUAAUGAACAUUUGUCAUAACAAAUAAAGAGUCGGUUAGAGAAAUUUCAGACAAGAAA